GAAGGAGGGAGGGACGUUUUCUGAGUCAGGACAGUGACGUAAAAUGUGGUGCAAUUUUCACAUGAAUCAAGCACUUGAAGGCUACUUUGUCAAGGUGUGGAGCUGAAUAUCCAACACACCUCGAAGUGGAUUACUAACAACAGCCUCAAACAAAUGUGAAACCCAGCAAACUUCCUCAGCUCUGCUCUCACAGUUGGUCCCAGUUCACUGGCCUUCAGUCAAGACUAGAAUUCCUGUAAAGAUAACAUCAACAGUUAAUCUUCAACCCAAGAGAUGAUGGGGAGAAAGACAAUCUACUUGCAUGACAAGGUUUUCAUGUUGCUUCCGCUGAAAGAUAUGUGUAGAAAAAUGCUGUAGGACUUCUACGGUGUCUUGAAGCAGAAUGUUUCUUCCUGGAUGGUCCAUCUGGUGCAUUUUAUUGACUCUACGCUUGACAGCAUGUCUUUUGGAGACUUCUGAAUAUGACAGCAAUGAAGUUAUUUGCUCACAGGGACUCUCUGAAUGCACCAUGAGAGACGAGAUGUUUCUUAUGGCAGCAGAGAACACGGCGGAUGUUCUGGACCUAAAGCCAAAUUUCAAGCUCUGCUGUAAGAACACAACAACGUGCACAUUAUGUCUGGAGAUAGACACAGAGCUCUACAUCCAGCCAGAGAAAUCUGCAGAAGAUGAAGGCCACUCUGGGUCUGACGAGGAGGAUUACAGCGAGGAGACGAUGAGUCCAAAAGCGUCAGUGACAGUGUGUUACAGUACAGCCGCUACCAUGCCUACAUGCAAGAAGGUGGAGUUUACGGUUAAUCACGCAACUCUUACUCAGCAAAAGCUGGCAAAGGUGUCAUUCGUGAUCACUAAGCCUGGAGGGUUUCACUUUGGCAAUCAGGUGUCUGUUUAUCCCUCUAAAUCAACACAUCUAAGGCGAGAAGCUGUUGCUCCACCUCUAGAGGAAGUGUGCUCCCAGGAGCUGAGGAAACGUGUACCAAAGUGUCUUGUGCCCACAGUCAGGACUGUCAUAAACCACAAGAUGAAUCAGGUGGAGCUGCAGUUUGAGGGGAGGAAUGUAACCCUGCCCUCUGUGUGUAUCCAGUAUGAGCGGAAUGGAAACUGCCAGAGCUGGAACACGAGGACCAUCCCUCUGUACUCUGUGGCCCCCUGCCUGUGUCUCCAGGUGUGGGAUGAGGAUGACCAGAGGUCUGCUCGCUCUGUACACUGUCCGUUCAAGAACACAGAUUUUCAACAUAUCAUCCAAAAGAACAUGCAGGCAAAUGUGUUUGUGUCUGCAUCUGUGAUUUCACGAGAUGUACGCAGCUUGGACACAAUGCUGUUUUGGAACCUGUCUGCCCCCUGCAGGCUGGAGGGUGAUGUGUGGGUUUGUUACGAAGGAAAGAGCUGCAGGCAGAAAAACACAGUCAGUCAACAGCUGGUAAAUGGCACAUGGAAACAAAACAGCAAAGGACACUGGGAGAAUGUAGGAGUGUUUGAAAACAUCAAGCCACAGCGUUCCCCAUGUGUGAUGGUGAAAAUAAAUGGAAUGAGACAGGAGAUUGGUCCAUUCUGUCUUAAAGACACUGGCAGGGGGCGCUGGAGUCUCCUUGUUGUCGGUGUUGUGCUGCUGGUUUGCUUGACUGCGCUCAUGUUUUAUUUCCUUAAUGACUUUGUCAAGAAAUGGGUGUGGAGCUGGCGCCAUGGUGUAUUUGUGAAACUUGGUAGAAAGGGUCACGUGGUGCUGCUGAGCCCCCCAGACGUGGAUGAUGGUGUCUCAGAGUCCGUACGUCAGCUGUGGUCCCUCCUCUGCAACCAGGGCUUCACUGUGUCUGUGGACAUGUGGAGCAGGAAGGAGCAGUGUUCUCUGGGGCCUCUGCCAUGGCUGCACUCACAGCUUCUGAAGAUCAACAGCCUGGGCGGUCGAGCUUUGCUGGUUUUGAACUGCAAAGCUUUGGAGAGAACAGAGGAAUGGACCCGUUUUAGCAAAGAUGCCAUCGAGAUGAAGGGGGGAGAGAAGCUUCCACCACAGCAACCAUCUCCUUACCAUGACAUGUUCACGGCCUCCCUGUUCCUCAUUCAAGCGGACAAGCAGCUGGGCAAAGCUGGUGAACGAUUUGUUCUGGUGAAAUUUGACUCUCACACCAAACAGACUCACAGCAGUGACAGGAAUCUUCCAGAGCUCCUUCAGGGUUUGCCUCUGUUCCAGCUCCCCUCUCAGACUCAGUCCCUGCUGGCUGAACUAACUGUGGUACCAGAUGAGAGGACUUCAUGUGAAAAGACCUGGACGACAUGAUAGUGGGACACAUCAGAUGGACGAACUCUGCAGCAAAGACUAAAGAGGGGUCAAACCAACAGAUAACAUCACUAUAUAAAUAUCCUGAACUUGAGACAUUUGAAUCACCUAGAAAUGCCAAGAUGAACAUUAUUGUUGCUCUGUGCACAUGAAGAACAUGUUCACCUGAGACUGUGAAGCUGAAGUUUUCAAAAUAAUAAUGAUAUUGUUUGUCUGUUUAUAAGAUGCAAAAUGAUCCGUGUAUUUAUCUGGCAAUUGGAUUUUCCGUUCUGAAACGGGUAUUGAAAAACAAAAAACGAGUGGUUAUUUGAUUUUCGUUUUAAAAUGCAAAAAUUAAAAUUGAAAUACAAGGCGUUUUUCCUUUUCAUGAUCAAAAAGGGAUAUACGAAAUUUAAAAAAUGCUUUGAUUUUCAUUUUAUGUUUAGAAUAACAAAAAAAUAAAAUCAGUAAGCGACAGAAACGAAAAGAGGUCAGUUUUUUUCAUUUUCUGAGACCGGAAGUGGUCAUCAGCAAGUGUGGAGCCAAACGACAACAAGAUUCUCAGAGGGCGGAGCCAGACAGCAGUGAUUGGUCAGACCAUAGAAAUAUAUAGAAGACAGCGCGCUAGCGUAUCUAGUCUAUGUAUAUCUGUGGUCGGCACGUCUGGUAGCAUCUCUGGCUGCUGUUGAUCUUGUUUUUGGAGUAAAACACGGUAAGAAGAUAAAUACUUCUAACCAGUAGCGUUGUUUUGUUGUACGUUAAGUCAGCGACUUGUGAAGAGUUGUGUUUUGUCGUGUUUGAGCAGUUGGUCCGGACGCGUUAGCUAGCUAAGCGGCUAAGUUAGCUAGCUAAGCGGCUAAGUUAGCUAGCUAAGCGGCUAAGUUAGCUAGCGGGCUAAUUAACACAGGUGGCUAACUUACCACUGAACACCUGUGUUAGUUGCUGCUGCAGCUGUCCUCAUUAUUAGAAUGACCUUCUCAGCCUGUAUUUCUCUGCUGUGUAUUUUAGCUUUUGAAAAAGUUAUUUUACUUUAAGGUUAACUGAAACCCGUUGAGCUGCACUGAAGUUUAACAUUCAGCUGGUUUGAAUUAAACCGCGCUUAACUUAACAUUGUGCAACAUUACCUUUGUGAAUCUCCAUAAUUUCAUUAAAUUCCUUCUCUCUUUCACUGCUCAAGUUCAAUCCAGUAUAUAAUGUGACAUUAAUAGUGAAUAAACUAACAACCAACCAUUGUAUUUAAUUAUUAUUGCAUGUAUUUGUAGUAAAACAUGAGAUGAAACAUCCUA